AAAAAUGGAUGGACCUAGAAAAGGAGACGGAGAGAAUAUAAAGGUUGCCAUUGCUGUUACAUUUAUAAGUCUUGUGCGUUUGAUUUGAAAAAGGCACAAUUAAAAGGAGUAAUUUGUGACAAGGAUCAAAUUCCAGGGUUUUCUUUAUAAUCAUCGCCGCAUAUAUCCAUUUUUUACGCAAUCAGGACCAGCCCAGAAUCACGCAGCGUCAACAAACAUCAUUCAAAUGGAAAGCAAAGGCACUGGUGUCAUGAGGAAACGUGUCAAGCUAACUGUGGAAGACACAGUACCAAUUGAAGGAGGAAAAGCUCUUGAUGAGAUUGUUGAAGAAGAAACUGGCAUCCAUCCUGUGGUAUCUGAGCAGAUGGAGCUUGAAAUCGGUCACAUUCUUGAAAAGAUCAAUCGCUUUACUCAGCUGGUAUCCGAGUUACUUGAAUCAGGGAAGUCACUUCUAAAGGAGCUCAGUAAUGAAUUUGAAGAACGUGUGAUUUUAGUACACAAGGAACAGAUAGACAAAUGGCAGGAGGAGAUCAAGGAAUUGCGUAUGCUUGAUGCUUCAAAUGAGGAUGUCAAUGCUCUUUUGCACAAUGCUCAAUAUCUGCUUCAAAAUGUUCAUUCUGAUUCCUGAAGUUAGGACAAUGAUGCUUGCAUAGGAUGGCUUAUUUUCUAACGCAAAUAGUGGUAAAUGUUUACUAGUUCAAACAACAAAUUGCAAGGAUUUAGGUUUGAAGCAUUUGUUCGGUAGAACUCAUACGUGAGUUUUCUUUUCUUUGCCUUUUCUUACUUCAAAAUCUGUUGUUGACUGCUCUAUGAAGAACCAGACAGAUUCAAUUGAUUGGUACUUUGGUGGUUACCUACUGACGCCUUAAUCAGAUGCUUAAACCUGUUAAAUCUUCCUCUCGUUUAAGAUC